UUUAAAAAAAAAAAUUUUUUUUUUUUUUCUUUGUACCCAUGUAUAAUACGCACCCCAGAUUUUAGGACAAUAAAUUAGUAAAAUAUUGCGCACUAUACACGGAAAAAAACGGUAAUUCAAUUAAUAUUUUUAUCGUUUUAAAAAUACCCUAUGAUCUUUACAUUUUGUGUGGUUUGUCUUAAAUUUUCUUUUAAAUUAAAUAUUUUUCAUUUUUACAUUCUAAAAUGUUUUAUUUAGUUUGAUUUGAGCAUAAAACAUUGUAUUUCAUGUGAAAGUAAUAUUAGAAUAACGAAUAAAAUAUAAAGUAAAAUCAACAAACUGAUUACUUUUAAGACUCGCAAGCAAGUAAUGCUCGAAAUCAGACGCAAGCUUCUGAUGUCAUCUUGUAGUUUUAGAAGGUAGCGCUAGAUGGCGACAUCGAACUGCUUCACAAGCAUGCUUUGAGGUGAAUGAGCCUGAAUGACCAGGUGCAUUAAAAAAAAAAAAGACCACAUGCUUUUUUAAAUGAAUGGAUCGAUAUGUUCUCCACGUAAAUGAAUGGAUGACAUAAAACCAAUAAGCUCACACAAAAUUAAUGACAUUUCCCUCCUUCAGGCAUAUUAAUGCAGAGCACGUUUAAAUACUGGCGAAACAACUUGAGAAUAAGCUUGUCUUUGAGGCGACAUCAGAUUGAAACCACCCUUUCCUGAAUCUGGACUUUGGCCUGCUUACACUUUGCACUUUGUCAAAAGUGGACAAGUCACUGAACGUGAACAAGUGAUAUCAACUUCACUUGAUGCCUGUGUUGGAAAUGACAAAAUGCGAACUCUCACUGAUGGGCAGAGUAAACACCAACCAGGACAAUGUGUUUGUCGUCAGCAAGGACGGAAGCAAAAGCCUUCAUGGUCACGCCCAUGCUUGGGAGAUUGGACCGAGAGGCAUCUGUUUGUGCUUCCAAGGCUGCGUUGAGCCGACACAAGACCAGCGGAGUUCGUCCCUGCUCUGCAUAUUGAAAACAAGGAAAAAGGCAAAAUGCAUGAAGUGCAGAGCCAGCACAAAAAGCAAAGUUGCCAAAAGCACAAUGAUCAAGAUUUCCGGAUUUGAAUGACGGGAUGUGAACUGUGAACGUCCAAAAAAAAAAGACUUCAAAGAUGUUACAGAUGAGCCGCCACAUGCAACACUGCACAAAGAAGACAGAAGGAAAACAUUCCCCCUGUGGCUGCACCGACUGGGAUGUUUACGUUGAAAAAAAAUUUCCCCUCUCCUUUCCCCCGCAUGAGCAGGCCAGGUGCUGACGGCACACUUUAUGGUUGAGGAAGUGUGUCGGGUCGCCAAGUCCUCCCGCGGGCAGUCGGCCGACUCUUAAUACACUCUGAAGCCCGACUCGACCCGCCAGACUCCAAACGUGCCAUUCGGGUCACUAACCGCUGCUCUUCGCCACGCCGUCGACCCAGCACUUCCUUCCUGCUGCUCAAAGUGAAGAGAGAAAUGUCUACCUCGCUGACAUUUUCAGCGGUGACAGCUGCGAUGAAGGCGGGAGUGACAACCGAACCUGUCGGCAAGGUCACCGAUUGGUGGGAGAGGCCAUGAGACCGCGGGAAGGCAAUGUGGGUUAAGGGGACCCCAGCACACAUCAUUGCCCGCCUCUCCUCUCGCUCCUCUGCACAGCCGUCAGCUGCAGCGCCACGUUAGAAGCAGCACACUCACAUUUCCUUCCUGUAACCGAUAAGAUGGCGGCUCAGGAAGCGACCGGGCACAGCUUCCUGGUGACGUGCUGGCAGCCCGUUCUGAUCCUGAUGCUGGGCACCGUGCUGUCCGGUUCCACCACCAGCUGCCCGUCCCGCUGCGAGUGCAACGUCCCGGAACGUAGCGUGAUGUGCUACCGCAAGAAGCUCAUGACGGUUCCCGAAGGGAUCCCCGCCGAAACCCGGUUGCUGGACCUCAGCAAGAACCGCAUCAGAACCAUCAACCCCGACGAGUUUGCCAACUUGGCUAUCCUGGAGCAUCUGGAGCUCAGCGAGAACACCAUCUCCACGAUUGAACCCGGCGCGUUCAAUAACCUUUUUGGCUUACGGACACUGGGACUGCGUAGCAACAAGCUCAAGCUGAUCCAGCUCGGGGUGUUCACGGGCCUGAGCAAUCUGACUCAGCUGGACAUUAGUGAGAACAAGAUUGUCAUCCUGCUGGACUACAUGUUCCAGGAUUUGUACAACCUACGCUCGUUGGAGGUGGGCGAUAACGACCUGGUUUUUAUCUCCCAUCGCGCUUUUCACGGCCUGAGUAGCCUCCAGCAUUUGAGUCUUGAAAAGUGCAACCUGUCCUCUGUGCCGACGGAGGCCUUUACCCACUUGCACAGUCUGAUCACGCUCAGGCUGCGCCACCUCAACAUCAACGUGAUUCGGGAUUAUUCCUUUAAACGUCUCUUCAGGCUCAAAGUGCUGGAGAUUGCCAAUUGGCCCUAUUUGGAUACAAUGACCCCAAAUUGCUUGCACGGAUUAAACCUGACCUCUCUGACCAUUGCGAACGCUAACCUGACCUCCAUUCCUUACGUGGCUCUCCGCCACUUGGUGUACUUACACUUUCUCAACCUUUCCUACAACCCAAUCCACACCAUCGAUGGGAAUAAACUGCACGAUCUGCUGCGUCUUCAGGAGUUUCACCUGGUCGGAGGGCGACUGGCCAUGAUUGAGCCCUAUUCUUUCCGGGGUCUUAACUACCUGAAGAUUCUCAACGUUUCGGGCAACUCCCUGACCACUCUAGAGGAGUCGGCGUUCCAUUCAGUGGGCAAUUUGGAAACCCUGGCCCUGUACGACAAUCCCCUGGCCUGCGACUGUCGCAUGUUGUGGGUCUUCCGGCGACGCUGGAGACUCAACUUCAACCGGCAGCAGCCCACCUGCGCCUCCCCCGAGUUCGUCCAAGGCAAAGAGUUCAAGGACUUCCCGGACGUCUUGCAGCCCAACUACUUCACCUGUCGCAAAUCCAGGAUUAAGGAUCGCAAGCCGCAGCAGCAGUUUGUCGACGAGGGCGCCAUCGUUCACUUCGCCUGCGAGGCCGACGGCGAUCCGGCUCCGGUGAUCAUGUGGCUAUCCCCGCAGAAGAAGUUCAUCACCACCAAAACCAUCGGAAGGAUCUCCGUGUUGCCGGACGGGACCCUGGAGGUCCGCUACGCUCAGAUUCAGGACAACGGAACGUACGUGUGCGUGGCUAGCAACGCGGGCGGCAACGACACGUCCCUGGCUCACCUGCACAUUCACAGCUAUUCGCCCGAUUGGCCCUUCCAACCCAACAAGACUUUUGCGUUCAUCUCCAACCAGCCAGCGGAAACCGGCGCUAACGACACGCGAGCUAACGUCCCGUUCCCCUUUGAUAUCAAGACGUUGAUCAUCGCCACCACGAUGGGCUUCAUUUCCUUUCUGGGCGUGGUCCUGUUUUGCCUGGUGCUGCUCUUCCUUUGGAGCAGAGGCAAAGGCAACACCAAGCACAAUAUCGAAAUCGAGUACGUGCCGCGCAAAUCGGACGCUGGCAUGAGCAGCGGCACGGCCGACGCUCCUCGCAAGUUCAACAUGAAAAUGAUUUAAAGACGUGCAAGUAAUAUAAAAAAUAAGACAUUUUUGAGGACUAAGCACUGGAUUUUGGUGUGGCCACACAGAGAAUGACUCAAGAACCCGAGAAGGGCCGUCGCUGACUUUCAAACGAGAGCCGAUGAAAGCAUGGCCGCCGCAACGUGGCUCGUGGGCCCCAUUCUACUGCAAGUCACGUUAGGCAUAAACAGUUCAUGUUCCUGUGGAUCGAUAACGGCAUAAGUAUAAUUGACAAGAGUUACACCCACCCGAGCUGCCAGAACGCGAGAGGUCCAUGAUGGUUCCGUGUCUGUUUUUCUUUUCAUUUGCACACCGCCAACCCCCAGGCAACAUGGCAAGUUCUGAAUGAUAUCCAGCCGUGACCCAUUUUCAAGUUGAAAAUCAAUACAUUUCAUCAGAUGAGUGUUUGAAGUAUGACUGCUUUGUCCUACUUUUAUAGUCUUGACUGCAGCCGUUAAUAGUCUGAUCAGCCAUCAGUGUCAAAGUCAUCGAUUGGAAAUGCCCUCGUAGGUAAAGGACAUCUGAGAAAAAAAAGGGUGUGUUGUUUGAAUAUUGUUUGGGGAAAGAAAAUUGCUACUGGUGCCUGAAAGAGUUAAAAAUUUGAAAAUUCAUUCAUCCCCAAAAAAAACUAUUGGGGUAAAUAUUGAGUAUAAUUUUUAUGCAUUUUUUUCAAUGCAUUUUUCCAUUGAAAAUUGUGUUGACAAAAUUUGGAAAGUCAUUCAUACAAAAAAAACGAUUGGGAUGAAUAUUGUGUAUAUUUGUAUGCAUUUUUUUCAUUGGAAAAUUUGUUGACAAAAUUUGGAAAUUCAUCCAUCCAAAAAAAAACAUUUGGGAUAAAUAUUAAGUAUAUUUUUAUGCACUUUUUCCAUUGAAAAAUUUGUUGACAAAAUUUGGAAAUUCAUUCAUACAAAAACCUGUUGAGAUCAAUAUUGAGUAUAAUUUUAUGGAUUUUUUUUUUACUUGUUCCAUGUAAUUCCCCUUUCUCAUCGUAGAGCAUUUCAAAUGGUCCUCGACUGGGAGGCACGAAUAUCACAAUACACAAAAGCACAAACCAUCUGAAAAAAUGGAGAGAGUUGAGAUUGAGUGGGAAUAAUUACAACAAAUUGCAGAUGAAAAAAAAUCCUGCUAUGGUUUAAUUAAAGAAAAUUAAUUUGGAAAUUGUAAUACUGUGUUAAAUUGCUCUAAUUGUUCGAAAAGAAAGAAAGAAAUAUUUUUGUUGCAAUUUUUGCAUUGUUUAAAACACCCAAUGUGAACCCUGCAUCCACAUUUGGAAAGAUUUUUAUGUAAUAUUGGGAAAACAAACUGGUCAGUUAUAUCAAAUUUAAGCAUGAAUUUGAAGAGAGGGUUUUUUUUGAGUCAAUGCUGCAUAUUGAUAAUUCCACUCUCAAACAGCAGUUUUUUUUUUUUUUGUGUCUGUCUAAUAUUUCAUUGCUGCUAUCACGAAAGCUGUGGAAUCGAUGAUUAUUCACACGUUAGCCCCCCCCCCCCUUGAAUGUCAACAUUUAUUGUCCUCCUUGUGAGAAUGUUGUGCUUCUUCUAGCCUUAGUUUCUCAAUUGCACACUGUGGAGAGCUGGCGCGUGAGCCUAAAGGCGGCCGGCAGCUCCAUAACGGGGCCUCGCCGCAGACAGAGAUGCGCUAAUGGGCUGUGCGAAAUGCGCGCGGCGGCCACAGCGGCGGCCGCAUGGAUGCUUUUACCCGUGGAUGCAAUGUGAAGCAGCUUUGGUGUAAUCUCUUUUGCAUAAAGGAGAAAGAAAAAAAAAAAAAAAGCAGCCGGGCAAAAUGGCUCACGGCUUAUGAAUGCUGUCUGUGUGUUCAAGGUGUGGCUACUGUUCCUGACAUCUUUUGGUCCUGAGUCAACUAGGAAUUUAUGUUUUUUGGUUUGUUUGUUUUUUUUGACCUUGGACUAUAAUGAACAUGUAGUCCAAGCCAACUUUUUAUGAAAAAAAAAAAGAUACUUAAAAAAAAACAAA